UCAAAACUGUAGCAGAAAGUUGAGGGGAUUCGUUCAGAGAGGCUGGUUGCAGAAAGACAUUGAGGGGCAGUAAAUGUGAAACGUUUUCUAUAUUAAUUUUAUAUAUAUUCUGAAAUUAUGGAUAGUAAGAACAACAAAGAAUCUACAAAUAUGUCAAACACUUCAAGUCACAAAGACAUAUCAGAAAAAUCCACAUCUGGUCCUACAGUUUUGUUCUUCUGGAUAUGGAACUGGUUUGCAACUCUUCCUAAAACUAUAACAAACCUAUACACUGACAUAAAGAACGGUGAUCUUCUAGCCAGAUUUACACUGUUGGAUGCCAUGUUGCAGUUCAUCGUAGCUGUUGCUACGUCGUGUCAUCCUCAAGAGGACGGUAUGGGAGGAGAUGCAGAUGAACACAAGGCAGAGAAUGACAAGUCCAAAGAUUUUCAAGUAUUCGGAGGUGCUGGCAGAACGCUUCGUUCUCGAACAGUUGCUGCGAAUUCUUAAGACUUAUAUUUAUAUUCAGUCAUGAAACUUCUCCAAUAUUAAUGCAUUUAUCUCAUUUACUGCUUUCAAUUAUAGAUUCAUAAAAAAAGUAUUUUUAAGGAAAUAAUGCCCUGUAUAUAAAAGCGAGCAAUCCUAGAUUAAGAAAAUGAAUUUAGCUGUUUUAGAAAUAAGAUACUGUUUAGCUUUAAAAUUUUUUAAAAUAAUUCACCUUAUACUGAUACUUUUGAUAAUGUUUCUUCACUUUAUGCAGUAUCUUUUUCAAGUAAAUGCAUUUUUUUAAUAAGCAAAUAGAUUUUAAAAGCACUUUCUUUUUCUUUUUAACUCUCCAGCUGUUAUAAUUUUUUUUGUAGUUAUUAAUCAAGGUCUUUUCAUGUUUUACCAAUCAGCAAAUAAAAACAGCAAGAUAUUAAUAUAUUUUUACACUUUUAAAUGAUUGUUAGUAAAUAGGUAGUUUUUAAAUUGAUUGUUUGUUAUAUUUCUUCUAUAUCUUAAAUGUAUGGAAAUUGUUACAAACCAUGAUCUUUGUUAAACAAUAUCUACUAACAUUCCAUCCUUUUUGAAAAAAAGUUUCUGUGAUAAUACUCCGCCCGAACACCAUAUGCAUCUCUGUGAAAUUUAGUCUAUGAUUAUUACUGUACAAGAUUAUAUUUUCUGUUUUGAGAAAUUGUUUUUUUCAGUUUCAGUUAUGUUAAAUAAAAUAUUAAAUGUUUACAUUUUUUUUGUUUUUUUAAAAAUUGUUUUAAAAAUAACCUUCUUUUUAUUAAGUAUAAAUCGUAAGUUAUUAUUUUAUUUCUAAAAAAUUAUGCAUAUGUCUUGGUGCAAUAAAAGCUUUACAGAUUG